CCACCACCGCCACAACACUAAAAUUUACCACCACCACCACCACAACCACAAGAACAAACAAUGUCACUGUAGUUGUUUUAAUUUGCGAUCUCAUUACAGAUGUUUCGGUCGAUAUCAGUUUACAUGAUAUACUUGCACGUGCAAAAUCAAACGUCUGUCAUGAGAUCAUAAAUAAAUACAAAUCACAUACAACUGUUUCAUCUAUAACGUAUACAGUUUAAUGUCGAUCGCAAUAAGCAUUCUUGAGUCACAAUGCUCAAAACAACACGUUUACCCUUCUUUCACUAUCAGUACACACAAGAGCUAAAGUAGUCACGUCGCAUUUUACAUGCGACGAGUGCACGAAAUCGUGAUACUCUCGCUGCACGCUUUGAUCUCCGCUCGAUAGUCGGAAGUGCAUAAAGAUUACAGUUAAUAACAAAUGACGAUAACCAGGGAAUUGAAUACAGCUACUUAAUAAAGGCCAAUCAAGUAAAGCCGAUCAUUGAGCGCCGGAGGGUCGACUAACCUCUAAAGCAACUGUUUGCUCGCGCAGGUACUCAUUUCAUGUCGAUCAUCAAGGAUCAGUCGCUUAGCUGUCUUGUUAGAGUCGGGGAAAAGUAUACCGUUUGAUUCAGAUACUGGCAUGGAUAUCAUGAUAUCUAACAACGAUUGUCGUUGGGUUGGAAGUUGUUGUGGUGGCAUGCCGAACUCGCGAGGGAAGAAACACAAGUCCUCUAGCAAAAUAAUUCUGAAUGUCGGUGGAAUCCGGCACGAGACAUAUUUAAGCACAUUAAGAACUAUCCCAGAUACAAGACUUUACAACCUGUUUGAACAUCAUCGGGGAACAACUAAAGCUUUUGAAUUCGACUCUUCAGCCGACGAGUAUUUCUUUGACCGCCAUCCAGGAGUAUUCACUCAUAUAUUGAACUAUUAUCGAACAGGGAAACUUCACUGUCCAAACGACAUAUGCGGACCUCUUUUUGAACAAGAGCUGGAAUUCUGGGGAAUUGACGAACAAGAGGUUGAAACGUGCUGUUGGGAAGUUUACAAACAACACAAAGACAAGCAAGAAAAACUCAAAUACUUCAAACUGCCAAUUUUUGAUCAGGUUGAACCGCCGACAUCUACACCAAAACAUUGCAAUGUCGAACUUGCAGACGAAGGUUUCACCACGUGGUGGACACGCCUUCAACCACGUGUUUGGAAAGUUCUCGAAGAACCUCAUUCAUCGAAACAUGCGAAAUUCGUUGCCAUCAUAUCUUUCAUUGUCUUUGCGCUGUACCUCACCAAGUUUUCCCUCUCUACAUUAAAGAGUUUUGAAGACAGUAACGCAACAGCUUAUCUCGUCACGUUUCUUAUCCACGUCCUGUGCCUUGCUUGGUUCACGAUUGAUCUUCUAUUACGCACAAUUUUUUCGCCGUCAAAGAAGUCUUUCUUCAAAAGCAUCUGCACCUGGAUUGAUAUAAUUUCUCUCGCUCCAAUGUACGCGUCUCUCUUCCUUAGACACACAUCAUGGGUACUGCCGUUUGAAAUGUUUGUCAUGUUAAAAGCUGUUCGCAUCUUCCAGCUCUUUAAACUGUCAUAUGUCAUGCAAGUCUUAGUUAAUACGCUGACAGCCAGUCUUCGAGAGUUGUGCGUUCUACUCGUUAUCAUGGCAUUCCAAACGGCUGUGUUUUCUAGUAUUCUUUACUUUAUCGAGAAGGACGAAAAGACAACCGACUUUCACAGCGUCCCGGAAACGAUGUGGUGGGCAAUAAUCACCAUGACAACGGUAGGCUAUGGUGAUGUAUCACCCAAGACCUGGAUGGGAAAGAUCGUUGGCAGCGCCUGUGCCAUAUUUGGUGUGCUGGUCAUUGCUCUUCCAGUGUCAGUAGUAGGAAGCAACUUUUCUAUCUUCUACACCUAUGCAAAGGCAAGGCUUAACAUCCCACGAAAGACCCGCAGAGUUGCCUUGUCUCAUGCAAUUACAACCAUGCAAGCACCAAAAGACUCCACUAGAAACCACAGUAUCAACAACACCUCCCUAUCCAGCGAGAGACGAAACACACAGAGGACUUUCAACGCAUCGGAUAACUCCUUGAACGUCUUAUCAAGUUACCAUGGAAGUUUGGCGAACUCUUAUAACUCCCAACAGUCAUUAUCUUUGCAGGUUAGCCCCACUAACACGAAGUCUCUCAACUCAUUGCUACCGGAGACUAUGGGAAAUUCGCCUCACUUCCAGUACAAUGAGGGUCAAAAAUCAAUCUCUGAUCAGUAUCUGUCGACGCCUAAAGAAGACAAGGCUCAAACACAAUCCUCAGUUCUUGAUGUUUCAUCCAAAGCCAAGAAAGAGGAAAAAGAGGAAAAAGCAAACGCAAAGAGUACAAAUGUGUAUUUUAGUAACAUUUCUUUAAACAUUUGCCCAACGUACCCGUUGUACGUCAGGAGGGGAGCCGUGACCCCAGCUUCUAUGAGUCUUAAGAGUAAUUCUUCUAAUUCAAGUUACAAUAACGUUUUCAAAAGCGGUGAUCAUUUAAGUGUCACGCGACCUAUUAUCUUCUUGUCUGGAAACAGUCUUAGUGUCCAAAAUCUUCGUUCAAUUCAAACUUUGAUCCCAGAUAGAGCUUGCUCUUGUUCUUCUAUGAGUUCCCAAGGUCACGUGCACAGUGCAGAUGACACGACGCCGCUGACACCGUUGCUAUGCAACGUCAAACCUUACGUGGUCAGUACACCAGUGUUGAACAGAGGAAGCGAUCCUGGACUGACYAAAAAACCUUCGUACGAUAYUCCGACCUGCUCAAACGCACCAUUUAUAUCRAUAUCUUCUCCUUCRGAAGAGAAUAUUCAUAAGAAAGUUGUCGAGACUGUUGAUAGAAGUAGCCARACGGAUUUAAUUUGCCAAUUUCACGACAAUCCACCAAUACAAACGAACAGCGAUGAACAUAGCGGUUGUGAAGAUAGCGUGGGUCCCAUAAAUGUCCCCUGCGGUACACCACGGGGAGUGAACUUGUUAAAUAACCCGUUACAUAACAUCACGCUGAAUAACAACUACUCACUGAAUUGUAGCGAUGGCGGGGCAUUCAGACGUUACACGACAACGUAGAGUUAUUAAUGCCUAGCUAUAUCAGUACACGAUUCAUGCAUCGGCCCGAUUUCCGCAAGAACUUGAUUAACGUAAGGCGAUAUUUUUGUGCGCUUGCGUUUAAUCCAUCACCAAUGGCGAGUGGAGCAGCAGUAAGCAGCCUUUUCCAUUCAGUAUAUUAUAAAGGGGUUCGUGCUACAUUUUCACUACAAAAUUCCAGGACUUUUCAAGUACUUUUUAAGCACAAAAAUGAGAUUUUCAAGGAGUAUUCUUGAAUAUUUUUUGAUGUUUGCGGACGUUUCAAGUGGCGAUUUUCAAAAAUAGCMACAUUCARUCCAAAAGCUAACAAGGAACAUGUCAAUCUUAUCAGAUUCAAGGAGUUUUCCAGGAAUUUUAGUGAUGUUCCCCAUUUUCAAGUGCCCUUAAAAGCGAGUUUUCAAUUCCAGGACUUUUCAAGGACUUCAAGGAGUAGCACGAACCGUGUUUAUAUCCAUAAAAUUGAAGUUCUAGAAAGUUCACAAACGUCAAUAGUGCUGUUGAUGRUGCUUAUCAACAUGCCAAUAAUCCUGUAUACAGCAAAAAAAUUUCACCGAUUGAUGUCAAAGUUUGAUUUCAAAAAUAUUUGAAAUAGCUCUGAUGCGCUUCAACGUUAUGACUGAAUUGUAAAGUGGGGAAAGAGGAGGGGCACGCCUCCCUCGAUCCCUUCCCCUCAACUGUCAGAGCAUCUGGUCUAACCUCUUUAAAGAUUUUGUUCAUUUAUACGCGUAGACAAAAGAAAAAAAACAUUUUUCUGGCGGCCAGCUUUAGUCCUCUAAAUGCGAGAAAGUCCUAAGAUUAAGUACUGAUCCGAAAACUGAAACAAUUAAACUCAGACUUAUGGCAAAUAAAAAAAAUUGAAAAAGUAUGAUAGCAUAUCGAAGGGUGAGGGAGGGGGGACACCCCUCCAUUGAGCUCUAUACUAGCUGUCCAAUCGUAUGUUUGUAGCAUGCGUCAUGCUCUUGAAUAUCUUACAGGAAGUUGCGUAUUUCUCUUCGCCGAAGUGCAUCAUGGUAUUGAGCAAAGUAUCAAAAUGGCGGAUAAUAAAAACAAGAGAAGACGGAGUUUCUUUGCAAAAUUUAAGUUGUCCGUUGUCGAGGAUGCWAAAAAGAUUAAAGUCACUUGAUGAGACGAAAACACACUUGAGUAUACUCAAAGACCUGUCAUAACAGCCUGAACACACUAACAUAGCCUCAGUUGUAAUUUGAUCAAUCCCAUGGUGCACCUCGCCGAACAUCGCAUGACGUCAUUACGGAAAGCACCAUUCAGCGUAGGCAUCAGUUGAAACGUAGUUGGUAAAAAAGACCAAUAGAAACUGUCACCAAUUCUAUACCGCAAUGAUCGCAUGAUCCUUAGUCGCAGUCUCUCCAUACACAGCCUGCGUGCUCCSCGACGUAAACGUUAACUUUUCGCGUUCAUUGUCUACGUAUACGCAAGCUACUAACGUUUAACUGACUUUCAAAAAGGCAACUUUCUUAAAUUUGGAGACGACUCAGGUAAACUAUAUUUUAGCUUCAAACAUACAGCUACAAUAUUUUUAUUUCCUAUUUUUAGUUUUAUAGGACAAUGUAAAUAUAGAUUUUCACAAUUAAUAGCCAAUAUUCAGUCUGUUGAAAUUCUAACAAAUAAAGAAAAAAACUAAAUCUU